AUGAUGCUCGGAGAGGAAUCCGCGUCCGCGAACUUCUGGCAGGCCAGCGGUGACGAGGCCCUCGCACAUAACAUCAAGGGCAUUAUUAUGAUGCUAACGAAGAAGGGCGCACACUGGGGAACCGUCGGCCACCGCCGAAUAGAAGUCGCAAUGAACCCUAACCCAUCCAAAAGCCCCGUUGCCUACGUCCACCCAUCCAAAUACGUCGACUACAAGCUAAACCCUGACCUCGCAACAGGCCAGCGGUGCAUCGAGUUGCUCCGAGCAGCAGGCGUCGAUGCUGUCCCGAACGAAUCCUUCGACUGGAUCCACGACACGUACCUCAUUCUCAUUCGCAUGUUCCCGAAGGGGUGUCCGCCCACUGUCCUCCUCUCCUGCAAUAUGCGCUACGAUCCACACUUUCACAUGCGCCUGGGCUCCAUUCUCCGCCCCUUACGCAGGGAAGGGUACCUGCUUAUUGGGUCCGGGGGAGCAGUGCACAAUCUCUAUCGGAAUCACUGGAUGCCGUUGGUGCGGUAUAGGGAUAAUUUCGCGAUGCCCGUGCCUCCCGAGCCGUGGGCGCUGGAAUUUAGACAGGCUGUGGAGGAUGUUAUUACCAAGUCCUCGGGGCCACAGCUGCGGCGCUCGAUGGCCAGACUCAUGAAACAUCCGCUCUUUCGUGAUGCCCAUGGCACAGACGAGCAUUUUAUGCCGGCGAUGUUUGUUGCGGGUGCAGCGGGCGAUGUGGAAGAUACGGGGUCCAAGGGGGCUCUCGCGGCGGAGGACUGGGAAUUGACCAAUAUGUGCAAUAGUCAGUUUGUUAUUGGGGCGUGGGCGUAA